AUGCUCGACAGUAUCUUCGCCAACAACAGCAACAAGAGACCCGCAUCUGGCGCCGACAAGAACGGCGACAACGACGCUGCUGCUGCUGCUGCCGCUGUUGCGGUAGCGGCGCUGCAGGAGGAUGACGGUGACGACGCGACGAUGGGUGGGGCGGCGCUGGAGAGUUCCCUGUCACUCCUUGACACGCAGGGCGGGCGACGGCCGUUGCGUGACUACCAGCGCUCGGCCCUGCGAUGGAUGACGAAUCUCUACAGCAAGAAGCUGAACGGCAUCCUCGCGGACGAGAUGGGGCUUGGCAAGACGAUCCAGACCAUGGCGCUGCUCGCCUACUUCGCUGAGUACCGGAACGACUGGGGGCCGCACCUCAUCGUCGUGCCCACAACUGUUGUGCUGAACUGGAAGGCGGAGUUCCAGCGGUGGUGCCCCGGGUUGAAGGUGCUCGUGUACAUUGGUGGCCGCAAGGAGCGGCACCGCCUGCGCAAGGGGUGGAUGAGCGAGGACGCCUUUCAUGUCUGUAUCACGUCAUACAACCUUGUCGUGUUGGACCGCGCGGUGUUUCGCCGGCGGCCGUGGGGUUUUCUCGUGCUUGACGAGGCGCACCAGGUGAAGAACUUCAUGAGCAAGAAGUGGCAGUCGCUCUUUGACCUGCAGACGGAGUACCGCCUCCUGCUGACAGGCACGCCGCUUCAGAACUCCAUCAUGGAACUGUGGUCCCUUUUCCACUUCCUCCUGCCGUCGGCGUCGGCGUUCAAGUCGAACGAGGAGUUCCGCGAGUGGUUCAGCAACCCGAUGGAGGACAUGGUGACGGGCCGCGCCUCGCUCAACGAGGAAAUCGUGCGCCGUCUGCAGGCCCUGCUGCGCCCAUUCAUGCUGCGCCGACUGAAGAAGGAUGUGGAGUCGCAGCUCCCGUCCAAGACGGAGAAGGUCGUCAUGUGCCACCUCUCACGGCGGCAGCGGCUGCUGUACGACGACUACAUGCAGCUCACGGAGACGCGUGAGCGCAUCCGCGGUGGUGCUGGCGGCGUGCUCGGAGUUCUGCUGGCGCUCCGCAAGGUGUGCAAUCACCCCGACAUGUUUGAAGAGCGCCGCACUCUUUCACCUCUGGGACUCGAUAGCCUUAGUGAGAUUAUCAUGGACGUGCCGCGUGACGUCUUGCUGAGGGAGAAUGACUACAGGGGGUGUUACAGGUUUCAGAAGUGGCGCCUAUGCGUGGACGACGUGGCACUUCCGCUACAGCGUGAAGAAAACGGGCAGCAUCCUCAGCAGUGGCAGAAGCGCGAUGCCUUGUUUGAUGACUCCUGGUUGGAGUGCUCCUGGUUGCAAACGCUGCGUAUUGAGCAGCCAUGGGGGACACAGCAUCAGCAGCAGCAGAAGCUGGAGCGGUACUCGCCCGAGAACUUCCGCUGGCCACCUGAAGCGCCAGCCGCGCGUACACUGAGCGCGGAGAAUGGCGGUCUCAGCGAGGCUGUGUGGUCAAUGCUCUGUGAACGCGUGCAGCAGCAGCAGGCGUGCAUCCUCCGUCGCCGCCGCACCACCGCCGCGAUUCAGGCGCAGCGCUACCGCAGCAUGGAAGCCGCCGUAUGCGUGUGGUACCCGCGCUGCCUGCAGCUCACACCGUCCGCCGCACGGCGUCUCCCGCCGUCGCUGCACCCAACUAUUGCACAACGUGUGUGUGCUAUCAUGCCGAUUGCACGCAAGGUUGCAGUGUACGUGCCACGAGUGGCGGCGACGCACCCACCGCGCCUGCGCUGCUUUCUCCCCGUCGCGCACUAUCAGCCGUUCCGCGCGCCCUCGCGGGAGAGUCUCGCGCCGCUGCUUGCGUUGGCGUCGCCACAGCUGCUGCUGCAGAACCGCCAUACGAGGUGUGGGGUCUUCGACGCCUCCUCAUUUCUCGCCGAGCUCUGGCCUCUCCAUGUUCGGCGCUGCUUCAGCUUUCCCGACAAGCGGCUGUUGAUCCACGACUGCGGCAANCUGCAAUUUCUCGAGCACGCCCUUAAGCAGAUGCGGCGCGAGGGCCACCGCAUGCUUAUCUUUACGCAGUUCGUUCACAUGCUGAAUAUUCUUGAGCGGUUUCUUGCAAUCAUUGGCAUUCCGUACCUCCGCAUUGAUGGUAGCACGCAAGCGGAGCGGCGACAGGCGUUCGUGGACCGCUUCAACGAGGAUGAACGCAUCACUUGCAUGAUCCUGUCAACGCGCUCCGGUGGUAUUGGGCUCAACCUGACGGGCGCCGACACCGUUAUCUUCUACGACAGCGACUGGAACCCAACGAUGGACCUGCAGGCACAGGACCGCUGUCACCGCAUUGGGCAAACAAAGCCGGUGACCAUCUACCGCCUCAUCAGUGAGCACACGGUGGAGGAGAGCAUUCUACAGAAGGCACGGGAGCGAAAGAAGCUCAACAAUGUCGUCAUCCGCGGUGGGCAGUUCCAUGCAAUGGCUGGGGUGGAGGAGAUGUAUGAAGACAGCAGUGCGGCCUUGGCGGCGCUGUCGAACCCCGUCCGGCUGCGGAGCUUCUUUCACGACCUGGACGAGGACGCCACCGUUGUGGAGGACACGCAGCCGUCAAGCGUGGCGUGGGCAAACAACAAGAGCCAGAAUGACGUUGGAGGCUGUAUAAACGGUGAUGAGGUGGACAUUCGUGCGGAGAUGAUGAUGGUGGAGGACCAGGAGGACCGUGAAGCGCAACAGAAUGUGGAGGAGGAGCUGCGGGAGCUGGAAGAACAGAAGCGCAACGAUGAAGCCGAGUUGGACGACGAAGAGGGGGACGAUGAAGAGGAAGAUGGUGAAGAAGAUGAAGAGGAGGAGGAUGAAAAUGGCCGACGACGGCGUCGUCGUCGUCGUCGUUGUCGCCCCCAUCAGCAACAGCAGCUGGAGAAUGAGGAGGAGGCGCUGCGAGGGCUUCUGCCUUCUGGCGAUGCCGGUGUCGCAGAUGCCGCGUCGCGUGGGGUCUCGCCGGCGGUGGUGCAGAGGCGGCGCGACAUUUUGCGUCGGCUCCGCAGCCCACUCGAUCGGCUGCUGUCGCUGCGCUUCGGCCUCUGCCACCCGGUGGAGGCGCGACAGCGGUAUGACACGCUGUGUGAAAGCUACACGGCGCAGGUGGGCGAGGAUGAACUGCCCCCCUUCACAACGGCAUUUCAACUGUGA